AUGAAGAUUCCUCUGUGGUACCUGGUGGUGCUGCUGGCGAGUCUCUUCACCCCUGGACGCGGCGACUGCCAGGGGGAAUGUGUGGCCUGCGGUGUGCUCCUGCAGCAACAGCAGCUGCAGCAAGCCUUCAACACCAUGGUGUGUUUGCUGGAGUGUGAGGGUCACGUCUCCUCUUCCCUCACAUGGGAGGUGUGUCAACGUGCCGUGAAGCUGUCGCGCCAUCCCGCAUUCUCUGAGGGGGGCGCUCUGUUCAAGAGGACGGGAGAGGAGCUGGAGCUGACCUCUCUCGAACUGAACUCUGACAGUGAGCUGCUGCAGUCGGCUGCCGCAGAGGACUACGCGGAGGGGGAGCGGGACGAGGCACCCUUUGAGCAGCGCAGUGUCCAGUAUGACUCAUCGCUGCUGGAAUCCUCUGAGGAGGGGGAGGGCCUGCGGGGCCCCGAUCUGAGUCUGGCAGACAGAGAGAGGAAGCCGAGGGAGGAGAGGAACGCGGGGAGCAACAGCCAGCGGGAAGGGCUUAGCGAGGACGAGGGUUCGGAGGCCGUCACCUUGUCAAAGCGCUUUGGCGGCUUCCAGAGGGGGCGCCACGGAUACAGGAAGCUCAUCAGCUCACCCAUGAGGCCCCUACAGAAGCGCUACGGCGGGUUCAUAGGCGUUCGGAAAUCUGCCCGCAAGUGGAACAGUCAGAAGCGGGUGAACCAGCUGCUCAGGCAGUACCUGGGCAUGAGGAGGAGCAGCCGCAGCGGCAGGUUCAACAACGCACCUGUAACUCGGGUUUGGAGGCAAAACCAACUGUAA